GGCAUCAGGAGGUCCCUCUGGACGAAGUGGACAUCGAAUGGUUGCUUGCAAAAGACAGCUGAUCAUCUUUGGAGGUUUCCAUGAGAGCACAAGAGAUUACAUCUAUUACAACGAUGUGUAUGCCUUCCACCUGGACUCCUUCACCUGGAGCAAGCUGGCUCCAUCAGGCAUUGGGCCUGCUCCAAGAUCUGGCUGUCAGAUGGCUACCACUCCUGAGGGCAACAUAGUCAUCUACGGGGGCUACUCCAAACAGAGAAUUAAGAAGGAUGUUGACAAAGGCACCCUGCAUACAGAUAUGUUCCUGCUGAAGGCUGAAGGUGCAGGCAAGGAGGAAGAGAGGUGGGCGUGGACUCGGCUCAACCCUUCUGGAGUGAAGCCCCCUCCCAGGUCUGGCUUCUCCGUGGCAGCUGCUCCCAAUAACAGAUCCCUCCUCUUUGGGGGUGUGCAUGAUGAGGAAGAGGAAGAGAGCAUCGAAGGGGACUUCUUCAAUGAUAUUUAUUUCUAUGACAUGGGGAAAAACCGCUGGUUUCCUGGACAGCUAAAGGGACCAAAAUCAGAGAAGAGGAAGCGAAGACGCGGCAGACAGGCUGAGGCAGAGGGUGCUGGAGAUGAGGAGGUGGAGAAGCCACCUCCCCAAGGCCCUGUGGAGAUAGUCAAAGAGGUGGUGGCAGAAGAUGGCACUGUCAUGACAAUCAAACAGGUGAUCUCUGGACCUGCAGAAGAGAAGGAAAGGUCAGAAUCAGAGGAGGAGGAGGAGGAUGGAGCCUUGGGGCAGCGAGUGGAGCCGUGCCCACGUUCCAAUGCCAUGCUGGCAGUGAAGCACGGGGUCCUCUACCUGUGGGGGGGAAUGUUUGAGGUGGGCGACCGCCAGUUCACCCUCAGUGACCUCUACAGCAUCGACCUGCACAAGAUGGAAGAGUGGAAGGUGCUGGUGGAGAUGGAUCCAAAGGCACAAGAAUGGCUGGAGGAGUCAGAGUCAGACGAAGAGGAUGAUGAUACAGAGGGUGCAGAGGGAGGUGAAGAGGAAGAGGAGAGCUCUGAAGAGGAGAGUGAAGAUGAGGGAGGAGAGGAGCAACACCCAUCUGUUGAGCCUGAGGAGCAGCACACAGACUACCUGGCCAGGACAGAGCAGUACUGGGUUAAACUGGCCCGCAGCAACAUGGGCCCAGAUGCCAAGGAGAAGAAGGUGCUGAAAGUGGCACAUGCCAUGGCAAAGACUUUCUAUGAAGAUUCAGUCUAG